GUCCAGCACUGUCCUCAUGCCAGUCUGCACUACCUCCUUUACCCUGACCAAUCAUCACAGUCAAUAUGACUUCCGCAUCUGCAUCUGAAGCCGCAAAGAGAGGAGGCUCAUACUUUCCUCUGGGAGGAGAGUCGCUUCCUGACGGACAAGCCACGGCGACAUGUUACUGCGGGGACGUCCAACUUGCCUUUGUAAACUCAGACUCCCGUCAGCUGCUUGUGCAGCCCGUCGAAGGCGAAGGCUUUGUUGACUCAUUUCUUUGUAACUGUACCGAUUGUCGCAAAGUCACAGCUUCGUGUUUCGCGUCCAACUUCAUUAUCGCAGACACACAUCUCAUGCAUACGCGUGGGCACGAAAAGCUCGCCAAAUUCACCAUGAACAAGACUAUCGAUACAGGCAAUGCCAUGACCAAUGUGUGGUGCCAAACCUGUGGCACCCUCAUGUAUCGUGUAAGUAGUGGAUUUCCCGGGAAAAGCAUUCUCCGACUCGGAACCGUGGACGACUUUAACCUUGUGGAGACGAAGCUGAAACCGAGGGUGGAGCAGUUCGUCAAGGAUCGCGUUGGCUGGUCGAGUGGAGGUGCUCAGGGAGGUGUCCAGCAAGAACAAGGUAUUCAUAGACCUCUUAAAUCUCCGCCCACACCUACCACCCUCAUUGCCGCAUUUUCAACAUGCUCCUCUUCCUCUCCACAUCAUCCUGCAAGGCGUCGUCGCCUCCGGAUCUUCGACUCGGACAUGUGGCUCAUUCUCGCCCUCGUCCUUUCCGCUCUUCCCUCCGCAUACACGUCUGCAGCUAGUGCCGCGUCCGAAAUGCCUCGAGGUGACCACAGCCAGUCGAGCAUAGUUGCUGCUGCAGGCGACAAGUUCGUAAUUCCAGGAUGGCAGCUCCAAUCCUCUCGAAAUGCUACUGAUACUCCUGAGCAUAUUUCGAGACCAGGUUUCGACACUUCUACAUGGCUGAAUGUGUCCCCAAGAACUACAGUCUUUGCGGGCUUUCUCGAAAAUCGCGUCUAUCAUGAUACCGACCUCUUCUUUUCGGACAACCUCAACAAGACCGUCGACUACUCCAGAUACAAUGUGCCGUUCUAUUACCGUUAUGAGUUCCAUGUCGAGACGCAGUCUAGCCAACGAUACUUCCUCCAGACCCACGGCAUAACUUCGCGAGCCCAAAUCCAUCUCAAUGGUGGAAUGCUAGCCGAUGAGUACACACAGGUGGGCGCAUAUGGAGGCUCUAAGUACGACAUCACAGAACACCUGCUAAAGGACAAUUGCUUGCUCAUUACUGCCUUUCCCACAAACUAUCUUCGCGACUUUGCAUUGGGCUUUAUAGACUGGAACCCUUACCCUCCCGACAAUGGCACUGGUGUCUGGCGCGAUAUUGAGAUUUACCAGACCGGCAAGGUAUCCUUGUCGACCCUGCGAGUUGCUACAGACUUCGCUCCUGAUAAUCCCACGACAGUAGACCCCGCUUCCGUCAACAUCGAGAUUGUCACCGAUGUUACAAAUCAUUGUGACAAUGUCGUUAGUACUGUCCUCACUGCCGAAGUUCGGGACUUCCCCUACAGAGACGACUCACUCGUAACCACCAAAUCAACCACUGUGACUCUACAGCCUGGAGAGCAAAAAUCAGUUCGCGUACCACUUACCCUUGAAAAACCCAAGAUAUGGUGGCCAAGUGGUUGGGGCUCCCAGCAUCUCUACAUAGCAUCGCUUUCUGCCACUAUCUCGAAUCAGACCACCGACAUCGCCCCUCCUGUCCGAUUCGGUAUCCGGAACGUCGUUUCCCGCGUCAAUGCUCACAAUGACACCUCAUUCACUGUUAACGGCCACCCAUUCUUCGUACUUGGUGCCGGCUAUACUCCCGACCUAUUCUCCCGCUUCUCUCAGUCCGAAUUGUAUGUCCAAUUCCAACGCGUCCUCGAUAUGGGCCUAAACACAAUCCGGCUAGAAGGCAAGCAAUCUCAUCCUGACCUCUACUCCCUUGCCGACUAUAUUGGUCUCAUGGUGUUACCUGGGUGGGAAUGCUGCGAUAAAUGGGAGGGCUGGACGUAUAAUGACGAAGCAAACGGCGAGAAGUGGGUUGAUGCUGAUUACACUACCGCAAAUGUAUCGAUGCGCCAUGAGGCCGCCAUGAUGCAGACACAUCCAAGCGUUCUUGGGUUCCUCGUCGGCAGCGACUAUUGGCCCGACGAUCGCGCAACAUCCAUCUACGUCGACGCCUUAAAAGCAUUUGAUUGGCAAAACCCCAUUAUUGCAAGUGCUGCGAAACGUGGGUACCCGGAGCUACUCGGCCCAAGUGGUAUGAAGAUGGAAGGCCCCUACGACUGGGUGCCGCCAAACUACUGGGCUUCCGACAAAUCCGGCGCCGCAUUCGGGUUUGGAUCGGAACUGGGAGCCGGUGUCGGUACGCCUGACAUCGCAUCGCUUCGGAAAUUCCUCUCUGAAGAAGACCUGCGAGAUCUAUGGACGGCACCUGAGAAAGGACUGUAUCAUAUGUCGACAAAUGUAUCGCAGUUCUAUACGCGUAAAAUCUAUAACAACGCCCUAUACGCGCGCUACGGAGCUCCUUCGUCGCUAGAAGACUAUCUACUGAAGGUAGGGAUCAUGGACUACGAAGCGACGCGCGCCCAGUUCGAAGCCUAUAGCAUGCGGAAAUCAGCUGACCACCCGGCGACCGGCUUGAUAUACUGGAUGUUGAACAACGCCUGGCCGAGCUUGCAUUGGCAGCUGUUCGACUACUAUCUCAAGCCAACUGCAGCAUACUAUGGGGUCAAGAAUGCCCUGAGAAUGGAGAAUGCCGCAUUCGAUUACGGCGAUGGGAGCGUGUGGGUGUAUAGCCACCUGCCGUUCACCUCAGGGACACGAAGUGUCGCUGUGGACGUUAUUGACCUGAAAGGAAAUGAGCUUGCACACCAUGAGAAAAAAUUUGACCUGUUGGCGAACAGAGCGCAGCAAGUCAUUGAGCACCUGAACAUACCUACUGAUGCUGGUGUCGUCGCCCUCAGAAUUAUCAUGAAGAAUGAAGACGACAGAGUCUUGAGUCGCAGCGUUUACACACUCCCUCCUUCUCCAGACGCUCUCGAUUGGGAUGCUUCGACGUGGUAUCACACGCCCGUCUCGAAAUACGCCGAUUUGACAUGCCUCUUCCACAUGGGUCAGUCAAAGAUUGCUCUCAAAUCUCUCGGUUCAUCGUAUAAUAAUAUAUCUGGGGAGGCUACCUGGGAAGUCAAUAACACAGCGAAAGUCCCGGCAUUCUUCAUUAAGUUUAACAUCGUAGAUGGGAGUGGUAAAGAUGUUAGUAGUGCAGUGUGGGAAGAUAACUUUGUAACAUUAUGGCCAGGGGAGAGUAUAAACGUCAAUGUAAGGUGGAGGGGAGCGGACCGGGUGAGUGUCAUGGUGGAGGGAUUGAAUAUAGACAGGGUAGAGCUGGAAAUCUAGAUGGUGUUACUGGGUUUAACGUAUCACGAUAAUCAAACAGACUAAAAAGCCGUCACUGUCAUUGUUAUUUCUUUAUCCCAUCAUACCAGAUGGAUAGCGUUCACACGCGCCCAAUAUUCACAACCUGAAACUCCAAUCAUAACGUAUCGUAUAAGCAUUCAAAUCAC